AUGUCGGAGGAUGAAGCGAUGAUAAAAGGCCUCCAUGAGUCGCUUUCAUCUUUGGACAAUGAAAAUCGUGAAUAUAGUAAGUACAAGAGUCAUUUAGAAUCAGCUGUUGCCUCCGUAACUUCAGCUAACGAACGUUUAUUACAAUCAUAUAAAGAAAGAUGCGGAAUACUAGAUAAAACUAAUGCUUCAAUUAAGGAAUAUGAUAAUAAAAUUCGAGAAAAUCAAGCAAAACUUGAAAAAUUAAGAAUUAAAAAUGCAACAUUUAAGAAAUACGUAGUAUAUCAAACACCAAAUCAAACGAUUAUUGCUAUGAAAAAGGCUUCAAAACGUUAUAAAGAAGAUACAGAUCAAAUUGAACAACAAGUAUAUGAAAUGCUUAAAAACAAUCCAAAUGCAGAUGAAAUCCAAAAGAUGAUCAAUGAACAGAAUAACCAAUAUAAAAUACUUAAGGAAGAUAACGCGAGACUUCGGAGAGACAGAGAAAUUGCUUUAGCACAAGCAAUUCAAUACGAUAGCGAAAAUGGAAAACAGUUACAACCAUUACUCAUAGCAUUGCAACAGAAACUAAAAGAAAAUAAUCGACUUUACAAAGAACUUGAAAAUACAGAAUCAAAUUUAACGAAUGUCCCACAAAGACGCCAGUCAAACGAUGUGGAUCCAAACGAAUAUUUUGAUUUAAUCGAUAUUCUUGAUGAAUCUGACUUCGAAGACGAAAAACUCCGUUCUUUAGCUCGAGGUGAUAGUAUUGAUACCAUUAAAAUUGAUAACAGUGAGAAACUCCCAGGAGAAUCAAUCUUACAACCCAAUACUGAGAAUGGAAAGAAGUAUUCAAGACACGUAGUUAAAGAAAAUGGAGAUGAAUACGAUUAUAGUUAUUCAGAGAAUGAAGAUGGGACAAAAGGAACAAAACACAGACACAAAUUAGGUGGAGAUUUAUCAGAUAAUAAGGAUAAAGAAGCUCAAGAAAAACAAGAUUCUGAAUUAAAUAAAGAAAACGAGGAAAAAGAUGAAAAUCAAGAAGCUGAAAAUGGAGAAAAUACAAAUGGAAAGAAAUUCUCUCGCCAUGUUGUCAAAGAAAACGGAGAUGAAUAUGAUUACAGUUAUUCAGAAAACGAAGAUGGGACAAAAGGUACAAAACACAGACACAAAGUCGGAGCAGACACAUCUGAUGCAAAACAAGAAGGAAAAGAUGAAAAUGAAAACGGAUCUAAAGAAAAUGAAGCGGAAAAGCCAAAGAAAAUCAAAAAGAAACACCACAGUAACCAGGACAACCAAGAAAAUGAUGAAAAUCCCGAAAAACCACCAAAGAAAUUCCAUUCCAACAUUGAAGGAAUCAUCAUUUCCGAAGACAAACUUCUUAGUUAUAAUCAGGACAAGGAAGUACAAUAUAAUUCAACAGAAAUUAUGACAGAUUACAGCGCGUUACAAGAUUAUCGAAAUACUGAAAACCAACAAAAGCAUUUGAACCUUCUCUUGCAUGAAAAGAUCUUUAAUGAGAUAUCAGCACUCGAACAAUCCAUACUUGAAUGCGAUCAAAACAUAUCAAUUAACGAAGAAUUGAAAAACACAAGAGAAAAAGAGUUCAAAGAACGAGUUUCCAGACUUUCCAUUCAAAAUGAUGUUGCCAGCUACAGUCGAGAACCAACAGAUGUUCCAAAAUCUACUGUUGACGUUGAAGUUUCUGCAAAAAGUAGUGUUGACAUCCAAGAUUUGAAGAAUCAGAUUGCCGAGAACAACCAAAAGACAUCGGAAGCAUUCCUUCAACAACAGCAAGCUCUUGACUUGCGAGAUACCGCAGCAAAACUCGAACUCGAGCUUUCAGUCAUCAGAUUGGCCAACGACAGAAAAACAAAUGAAUUAAAUGGUCUCAUGGCCAAACUAAAGAAUAUCAACGCUAACGAGUUCAACACGAAACCGGAGCGCCUUAAACAGAUCAAGAUGAACAUGAGCGACAAAGAGAAAAUCGACAGAAGGAAGGAGAGACUUGAAGGUGUCGACAAAAUCUUGAAACAAAGAGAAAUAGAUUUAGUAAAACUCGAAAGAAAAGUUGUUGAUUUACAAACAAUUAAUGAAUCGAUACAAAAAGAGAUCAGAGAGAAAGUUGCUGCUCCUAAGCUUGAUAUCAAAUCAAUGUGUGAUGACUUGAGAAAUGCAAGACAAAAGAUGAAAGAUUGCAUAAGAAGAAGUGACUUCCUUCGAAUUGAAAGUGAUGCUUUGAAAGAAAGCUUAUCUUCUUUACAAUCUAAAUACAACUCUGACAUGGAAAAGCAACUGAAAGACAAAGUAGACAAGCUCCAACAACAAGUUGAUAAGCAGAAACAGAAGUUCUUCAGCUUGAAAGGAGUUACAAACAGUACAAUAACUUUGACUUGUGAUGACGAAUUACUUUGGUUACAAGUCAGAUUAAAUGAAAUCAAAGAGGCAAUUGACGUGAUAAAGAUGAGAGCCGGAUCUACUGCAACGAAAAUAGACAAACAGAUAAAGCAGUGCAAAGAUUUAAACAUUCCUUUGCCUGAACCUCCUGAAGAAUACGAAGAUGUAUUAAAUGCAAGAUUCCAGAAAAGAAUUGAAACUUAUAAUUGA